AUGUGGGCUGAAACUCUUCCGAAAGAGGCGCCUGGUGGCCGGGAAGGGCAGGCCUAUCACAGUAACGCCUCUGGUACAGCCUGCAGUAGAGGAGCCAAGACUCACAGGCCAUCGCAUAACGCGGUGACCCGAGGGCUGGUGGUGGUCCAACGAGAUGGACAUUUGGCUCAGGUCAAGGUGACCCCCCCGACCCAUUCACAGCAAGAUCCAGAACAUCUCGUCAUCUGCGAGGAGCCAGAAGAGCCAGACGAGCUUGACGAAGAGGAGGAAGAGGAGGAAGAGGAAGUUGAAGAAGCCGGGGAAGCUCAGGCAGAGGAGGUUCAGGAGACCAGAGGAAGGAUGCCGUCUGAAGCCGAGCUGCCGGCGUCGCAAGUGUCUCUGGUACCUCAGGCACCAUUGCCGAGCCCCGCACGUGCCGGCUUGGGGCAGAAUCUCUUGACACUGAGCAGCUUCAACCUGAAACCCAGCAACGUAGAGGCUUCAGACGCUGGUCUUGUCGACGCUGACGGCGAGGGGUUGGAAUGCAGGAUCUAUGCUGCGCCAGUGCCCCUGCCCAAUCUAAUGGACAGCGUGCUGUUGUUGGAGGCAAAAGUACCCCUUCGGACCUCUGGAAAGAACAUUUUCAGGACAUUUCCCCCAGAUAUUUGGCUGGACAUCACUGGCAACAACACUGCACUCGGGACUCGCUGCUUGUUCGCCUCCCGGCGACAUGAGAACUCUGUCCUUGGCACGGUGGAGAAGUUUCUGCAGAUUCCCAGUGCUGCAAAAGAAGAGCAGCUGCCGAUCAUAGCGCCGCAGAGCGUCAUCACCCAGAUGGGGGACAAGGAGCAGCAGGCAUGGAUUCUUCAGAUUCAUCCGGGAGAUGAGCUGUUGCGGGUAAUUGUUCGACCAGGCGCCCUGUUGCAUCGCAUGCUGCGGCGCGGGGCCGUGCUUCCAGCAGCGCGCUUUGUGUGGCGCUUGCGCGAUACGAACGAUGUCCAGGAAGAGGUGAAAACCACAGCUUCUGUUGGGGACUUCUCCAUCUUGAGCAACUUGGAGGAUCCAGCCACAGAGCAGCCCCCCAACUUCACAUCGCACCCUCUGCGGCCGGAACAGCUGCGAUCCUUGGGGUGGAUGCUGGGGCAGGUUAGAAAUCACUCUUAA